CACCCUCAUCUCUUGCUAGUCAUUCUACGAACUGUCAACCUCUUCACACUUCAUUCAAUCCAUCAUGUCCUCGUCCAAGCCUCGCGUGUCUCGAUGGCGGCGUUGGGUCGAUGGCAGCAAAAUCAAAACUAAAAAGUCAUCUCCAUCUUGCCCACAGACCUUGUCUCCUCGGCCGCCUGCGCAUUUAGUAAAGACCUUGUCGACGACCGCAACUCUCCAGAGAGGGCUCUCUAUGGAAACGCUGCCAGCUAAGCUUCGAAGCAAGAUUCUCUCACUUCUGUCCUAUCAGGAUCUGACCGCCCUGACAAUGGCAUCGCCCGUGUAUUUCCAACAUCUGCGAGCGGAAGGCCACAAUGUGCUAUGGAAUCUACUCACUGUCUCCAUGAAAGGAUUACUACCCGAGAUUAAAGCCGUCUACGCUUCUGGUCAGCUGAAGUCUGCCAAAGCACGCACAAAAGAGAGGAUUGCGGAGACGGUCGAAGAGUAUCGGAAAUGUCGCCUUCUGACGGAAGAGUCGCCACCGAGAACCACAUCAUUGACACUUGAUGAUCUGUUACACAUCUUCAAAUACCAUCACAACGUCAUCGUCCCGAUGUUCCAGCGAUUCGCUACUUGGGUACUCGAGAACCUGGCCAAGGAGAUUGAACCGCCAUCAUCGUCAGUCCAAAGAAUGAUCAGCUCCACCGAGGAGAGUCGAAUCAUCCGCGCGCUCUAUCGAUUCCAGCUCUGCUGUCAUCUGUUUGGAAAUCGAAGUCUUGAUAAACCAUGGGGUAACAGCCGUGUUAGAACCGUGUCCAUGGACAUCCUGCAGCACUUGGAAAGAAUGUUCUACGCCUGGGAGAUCGAGGAGAUUCUCUGCAUCUACACCUUCGUGCAGGAUCAACAUCACGACAUCUUUAAUGCGGUCCGAGAGGAUCUAGACCCGAUGAACUUUGACAUGGAUAGUGAAUUUCUUAUGACAGAAACCUACCUCGAAGGCACAGCGUCCCAGGGUCUCUCGCUGUUGCAUCGAGCCCUGUGUGAAAUGGAGAAGGAUCAAGCCCAGCUUUUCCAAGCCAUGCAGGCAAGACUUUGUUGUGACGAGACUGAAUUUAUCGGGACCAAUGAAAUUCUGUCGCCCUCUAUGAUUGAGGGACGUCUAAUGCACGACGGGCUCACGGACCGGGACUUGAGGUCGCAAGCCCGCGAGGCCUUUCCAUUCCGGGGCUAUCAUGUCCCAGACCCCAAGGGCGAGUUCCCGCCACUCGCUUGGACCUUACUCUGGCACGAUACCUACAGCAACAUCAUGGGCUGCUGGAUUCCGAGCGCGCUGCGAAACUGGGGAUACGUCUUCUGGGAUGCUGGGAAAUUCGAGACUGGGGCAAAAGAAUUACUGGUGCGACAGUGGAAAAGUCUCUAUUGGGGUGAGGAAAUGGAUCCGAGGAACAACCUUUAUGGUGAGGAGUAGCGGCGCCGAAUUCCGGAGUUUGUACGUACGGCGCAUACUACCACCUACAGAGACCAGGGCACAUGGAACCAUGAAGAAAUUGUUUAACUAUCUAUGAAAGCAAAC